AAUAUUAUAGUGUUCUUUUCUCUAUGAUUAUAAAUAUUAUAAUGAUAAUGAGGUUUUUUUAUAUGAAUUUAUGAAUUUAUUCUUAUCCGAAUAAUGGGAUGCACUUUCAGUUCCCUGGGUGAAUGUUUUGGUAACGCAGCGUAUUCAUCAGAAAGGUUCUCAGCCCUGGCAGCGACCUGCGUGGUCUGCUCGUGUCUCGCGGUGACGCUUCUGGUGCUGGUCUCCGUGUGUGUCGGCGCCGGCUACCACUACAGCUAUGUCAGCUUCCGCUCUGGCCCGAUCGAAAAAUACCACCAUGGAUUGUAAUGGCAAGGAAUCAUGCAACGACAGCGAUGCAUCAGACAAUAAUAAAAUAGGACAAAAAGCAGAAGAAAGACCAAACGAAGACGAAGAACAGAACACACAUUUUAAUAAUAAUCUGAAAAUGAACACAUCGACAUUGGGUAUAACUAAUAACAAACCUGAAGCAGCUAAAGAGGAACACACUCUAGUGGAUUCAAAGACUGUGAAAAGAUUCGCACCGAUUUAUAAACAGACCCUGGCUGCAUCAGCGUCGAUCCUGGUGUCGUUCACGGGCGGGCUGGUAGCCGGCUACUCCGCCGUGCUGCUGCCUCAGCUGAAGGAGCCCGGCAGCCUCAUUCCUGGAGACAAGGACUCCGCUUCCUGGAUAGCAUCAAUAGCCGCCCUUCCGAUGGCCUUAGGCUGCCUGAUAUCCGGCUGGAUGAUGGAGAAGUACGGACGGAAGACCUCGCACAUCAUCAUCUGCGCUCCCAUCCUCCUCGGCUGGAUCCUCAUCGCCUGCUCCAAGAGCCUAACCCUCAUGCUGGUGGGGAGGUUUCUGACUGGCCUCUGCUUCGGUCUGCUGGGUCCAGUAGGCCCCGUUUACAUUGCGGAGACCACGGACCCCAAGUAUCGAGGGUUCUUCCUGGCAGGAGUCUCGCUCGCCAUCGCGCUCGCCAUCCUGGUCGCCCACACCAUCGGGACCUUCCUGACCUGGCAGUGGACCGCCACUAUCUUCACCGCCUUCCCGAUCUUGUCGGUCCUUCUCUUCACUCUAGUCCCCGAAAGCCCGACCUGGCUGAUCUCAAAAGGAAGAACAGAUGAAGGUGUCAAAUCCUUCGGAUGGCUUCGAGGAUUCAGCGAUGAGGCCAAUAAAGAAUUGAAAGGAAUCGUCGAAAUGCAGAAGGCGGCAGACUCCGAGCCGAAGUUGAGCUUCAAAGAGAAGAUUGUGAGCCUCAAAUGCCCUGAGUUCAGGAAGCCGUUGUUGAUAAUGAUUCUUUUCUUUAUCACGAACCAGUUUGCCGGUGUGAAUGCUGUCGCGUUUUACUCAAUAGAAAUAGUUGGUAAGUCCGUCGGUCAAGGUCUAGACCAUUACGUGUCCAUGUUAAUCAUAGACAUAGUAAGAGCUGUAAUGUCUGUAGUAGCCUGUGUUAUUUCUAAGAGAUUCGGCAGACGUCCCCUCUGUUUCAUAAGCGGAGUUUGGACGGCUCUAUCCAUGGUUGGAUUGUCCAUGUUUUUGUAUUUCACCGAAGGAAAAUCUGUAGAACAUUUAGCAUUCAUACCGUUGUUGUGUUUGUUGAGUUACAUUUGCGCUGUGACUAUAGGCUUAGUGCCAUUACCAUGGAUUAUGUGUGGUGAAGUGUUUCCCACUAAGAGCAGAGGGUUAGGUUCAGGUAUUAGUUCUGCAUCAGCGUUUGCGGCUUUCUUUGUGGUGGUCAAAACCGCACCGGAUAUGAUGUCAGGGUUGGGAGAAGUGGUCACAUUCUUAGUGUAUGGGACAGUGGCGGGUGUAGGGACUAUUGUCAUGUACUUCAUUCUGCCCGAAACGAAAGGUAAGAGUUUACAAGAAAUCGAGGACAAAUUCAGAGGUGAAACAAGGUAUGAUACUAAAGUUUAACUGAAAUAGAUGAUCCAAUCCAGUGAUAUUUUAGAUAUUAAGUAAUUAGUACGUUCUUAAUGAAAUGUUCUUAAUGGUAUACCUACUUAUUUGUAAGAUUAAUUAAACGACUGUGAUAUGAAGUAAGCAGAUAGAUACCUACAUGUAAAAAAUCUGCCAGUUUUAGAAUAUGUAUAGUGGGGCAGGUUUCCUAAUGUUUUAAUAAAACAAAGUAGUUAUUAAUAAAAUUGUAUCAAAUUAAUAACACAUAAUACUUACUUAUACAUAUUAUAACAAAAUAAUGAGUAAGUUUCAGAUAAUUAUAAAUCAUUAUGGCACAUUAAGUUGUCGUAAAUGCAAAUUGGUACAUGAAAAUUUGUUAGAUUUGAACAAAGUUAUACAUACUGGUAGGUACUUUGUAAGCACAUGGAAUGAAUAUAGCCAAAUAUAUAAAGUAUUUUUAUGAAAUUGUAUGCAUGUUAUGAGAGAAUAAAAUUUAAUCUUUAUUAGUAUAUUAUUUUUCUAUCAA